GUGUUUACUGGCAGUACUCGCUAUGAUGAGUUGGCUUGUUGCUUACCUCCCGCUGGCUGGAUUAAUCCUGUUCGAAGAGAGAAGAAAAAAAUGGUUGUUUUGUAGCAUUUGUUUAGGAGAACCGUCACCGGGAGCAGAAAUGUCUCCAGAUUUCUGCAUUGACUCGUCGCCGGAGAAGACGAUGAAGGACGAGGAGUUGGCAUUUUUUCGGCCAAACCUGGAAUAAAACGCUGUCAUUAAGAGCUCUUUAUUGUUGUUUUAGGGGCAGGGGGGGUUAGGCGACUGAAAGGUCGAAAGAGUGUGGUGGAAGAAUGGCGUUCUUCGCUAAGAAGAAGAAAUUCAAGUUCCAAACGCAUCUGACGCUGGAGGAACUGAGCGCGGUGCCUUUCGUAAAUGGGGUUCUCUUCUGUAAAGUUCGUCUGCUGGACGGAGACUUCGUCGCUUCCUCCUCCAGGGAGGAAGUACGUGAGAACUGCGUACGAUGGAGAAAGAGGUUCUCUUUUGUGUCCAAAAUGAGUGCAAACCCGCACACGGGCGUGCUGGACCCGUCUGUCUGCCGGGUGUCUGUCAGGAAGGAGCUGAAAGGUGGGAAAGCAUUCACGAAGCUGGGCUUCGCGGAUCUAAACAUGGCUGAGUUUGCGGGCUCGGGGUCAACAGUGCGUUGCUGCCUUCUGGAGGGCUACGACACCAAGAACACGCGACAGGAUAACUCCAUUCUCAAGGUAAUCAUUGGGAUGACCCUCCUGUCUGGAGACCCCUGUUUUAAAACUCCGGCCAGCACGGCCAAGAGCAUCUCCAUCCCAGGACGUGAGCACACCCUGCAGCUGGACUGCAAGGGGGAGGGAACCAAGACAGAAGCCGGGCCCACCGGGGGGAUUUCUCUCGGCCGGACGCCCAAACAUCGACCUUCCAUCGUUAGCUCGGGUCUUUUGGAAGAUUCCGAAGCGAAUCCAAGUGCGCCCUCAGAACUGUUCCAGUCUGGACACUCUCGUAACUCCAGCUACGCCAGCCAGCACAGCAAAAUCUCAGGCUACAGCACCGAGCACUCUUGCUCCUCCAGCCUGUCGGACUUGACCCACCGCAGGAAUACUUCUACCGGCAGCAGCGCCUCCGGAGGCCUGGGGGGCUUCGCUACCGACACUCCCACAGAUGCAGAAAAAGAAGCGGGGCGCUCGGAUAGACCCCCACGACCUCCCAGGCCGCUCCUGCCCAAUAGCAGGCCUCUCAGGAGAAAGCCAGACUCUGUGGAGAAUCAGCCAUCUUGGGUGGAUGACACCCGCAUGGACGCUGAUGACAUUGUGGAAAAGAUUGUCCAGAGCCAAAACUUUGAGGACGUCAACAACACUGAAGACAGCAACCUGCGUCUGUUCAUCAACCGUGACGGGAGCACCGCGCUCAGCGCCAUCCGCUUGGGCAACAGGGUGUCAGCCGGCGGCUACGAGCCCGUGGUCAUCGAGAGCCACUAGACGGGAGGGAUUCCUCCUCAUCAGUUUGCACUUUAAUCACAGGUCGCCAUCUUGUUGAGGGCACCGAUAUCUCCCUGGUGUCUUCAGUGUUGUCACAAUCAUCAAAAUAGACGGUGGAGUGGGGACAAACGUGAUACAAUAUAGACGGAAUUUGAUCAAAUAUCCAUAUUAUACGUGUAAAGUAUAUUUCACACAGUGGUGCCUUGACGAAUGAGUGGAAUUUGUGGAACAAGUAAGCAGACUGAUAGGCAAAGUUAAGCUUUUGUUUUAAUUGUACAAAGUCAAUUCUCAGUCAUAUUUUGAUUGAAGGUAAACUUCAACGAGUGGCAGUGUAUUAAAUUAAUGCUUUGGUUGCCAUUGCUGGCAAUAUACGACUAUUUCAUUUUGACUCAGUCAAAAUAGAUUGGACAUAUAUUGUCUUCAAUGGGUGUUUUUAAUUUAGACUAUAUUCUUUUACUAACUAAAACAACACCUACUCUGGGUUGGCAGUCCAUGGGUUAAUAAACCACCGGACAGAGCUUGUAUCUUUAAUUUUCACAAAUAUUUCAAGGCACUACUUUCAUAUCUAACCGGAGGAUUAGAUAUUAUCGCUCUUUAAUUUUCUGCAGAAGUUAGUGAAUGUUGAAAAUUAAUUUCACAUAUGAUAUAUUUUUAUUCCUUACAAAACAUUACCAAAAGAAUUCCCACCCUUUACAGACAUUCAAAGUGUGCAGCUGAGCUGCACGUCGACGUUGACGUCCAGGUUAGAGCGUAGCAGGACUUCACUGAGACACCAGGAUAAGUUCAACAGUUUCUACUUCGAACCAUACAUCACAUCUAAGUUGGGUUGUUUGUUUUUAGGCAGGCUAAGGUUUAGUUAGUUAUGAGCCUUUUAAGUUCAUUUUAAAACUGGGAAAGUGCCUGUAUUUGGGAACCCCAAAUACAGGCAAUUUUGAGUCUUUUCUGACCUGUUGAAAAUUUCUCUUGAUGAGCCUAAAGCGUCUUCACCUCGAGUAAGAACGCUGGUGAUGGUGAUGAGAGAUAUGACGUCCUUUUUUUUUUUCUUUUAGCAUUUUUCUUUCAAAACCUCUUCUGAGGUAGCUCCAUCAUAAGGAGUUCUGCUCCUCCCUGGUGGAGCAACAAGUGUUUACAGCCAACAGAGUUAGCAAAAAGCUUGGGAAACGACAAAGAAAUGUUGGCAGACAGCUGGCUGCUUGCAACUAUUUCUUUGUUUUCAUUUGUUUUAUCCAUUUUCUUUAACAAUAGGAAUUACUUUUGAAUGUUUUGCACCUAAACAGUGGCAAGUGGGUUUCUUAUUUUCUCUUUACACAAAGUUUUUGAUCGAUUUUUUUACUUUUCGUUUCGUUAAGAGCACACGCAUGGGUAGAUUUAUUUCACAUUUAGGGGAUAAACCACUAAUUUGUCAGGUUUACACCACCAAUUAUACUUAACUUGUUUUAAAAAGCAUUUAUUUAUAUUUUUAGUCUAGGGGAUGGAUGGUUAUAAGCUAUGCACACAACUCACCUUCCCUCUGCUUUUUGUUUCUUCCAAUUAGAAAUUUUAACAAGAGUAUUGUAUCUUAACAAAGCUAGUAUUUACUUAAAGUUUGAGAAUUAUGUUUGUAACACUUCUAAAUAAAAAUCUACACCAUCA